CUCUAACGAACUCAAUUAAGUCAACAGGAAACUCACCCAACUCAGCCACCAUGCUGUUUAUUCCUCUUCUUCUCUCUCUCCUCCAAUUUACUCUCUCCGCUUCCACUGAGCCCGAUUGUUCCUACUCCGCACCAGGCUCACGCUAUUUCUAUCUCUCGAACAUAACCUUUGAGUCCCACAUCGUCUACUCCACCCCAGCACAUAUGGCGACAUCCUCGGCCACAAUUUCCUUCGAAUUCUACAACAGUGCUGUCUCGUACACCGCACAUUGCAGCGCGGGCAGCGUUGAGCCAUGGCAAUGGUUUAACGCCGACCAGAUCUAUACCUGCACUGUACCGCCGCAGGGCGCUGGUACCGCGACUUUCAAAUACAGAAGUUCAGAUGGACAGUUGCAGGCUAACCAGACGUGGCUGUGUGGAGCUCAAAAGACCUUAGGCACUGCAACCGGACACGCGAACCUGGACUGCAAGACUGUCGAUAAGACAGCUGAGAAUUUCACGUGGCCGGAUCCACAGGGGAGAAUGUAUAGGACUAUUACGACAACGUGUAAUCCAGGUCGCUCGCUUCCUCCUGUCAUGCAAACCAUCUGA